GUGAUUCAGUUCACAGUUUUAUUUUUUUUUAUUUUCACUUGACACAAAACAUAACUCAUCAUCAUCAACGUUGAACGUCGAAUCAUUUUAAAAGAAUUUUUUUUCAAAGGAGACACGCUCAGUCUUCGCUCGAACGCCACACCGAAAGGUUGAUUUUUGACGUAGAAUUUUAUUUUUUUUUAUUUUGGCGUAAUUUCAAGUGUUUGUCUCUAUAAUUAUUAUUUUUUUGUGUUUUCGUAAAAAAAAAGUAAAUACAAACAAAACGUAAAAUAAAUAAAAAUUUAAAUAAAAAAUAUAAAGAAAUGGCAGAUAAAAGCACAAAUGGGCAUCACAACAGCGCUGCUGAGAAAUAUUUGGACCUAAAUGGCGACUUAGAUGGAUUCCAACAAGCCCCCAAAGGCUUUGCAACGAAGGCAAUUCACGUGGGACAGGAACCGGAGCAGUGGAAAAGUAUGGCAGUCGUGCCGCCAAUCAGUUUAUCGACAACUUUCAAGCAAUACGCCCCGGCACAGCAUACGGGUUUCGAGUACGCACGUUCCGGUAACCCGACUCGCAAGUGUCUCGAAACAUGUUUGGCUUCGUUGGACAACGGAAAGUAUGGGUUGACGUUCGCUUCGGGGCUUGGAGCGACCACGUGCAUCAUCACAAUGCUCAAAACGGGCGAUCACAUAAUCGCGGGCGACGAUUUGUAUGGCGGCACAAACCGACUUUUCAGGAAUUUGGCGUUGCCGAUGGGAAUUGAGGUGGAUUUCAUCGAUUACACGAAUUUGGAGCUGGUUGAAAAGAGUGUCAAGAGUAAUACGAAGCUCAUGUGGUUGGAAUCGCCCACGAAUCCGUUGAUGAAAGUGUGUGACAUUAAAAAAUUGUCGGAUUUGGCGCACAAAUUGAAGAGCGACAUCGUUGUUGUGGUCGAUAAUACCUUCCUGACGCCAUAUUUGCAGCGCCCUCUGGAGUUGGGAGCCGACAUCGUUUCGUAUUCGUUGACGAAAUACAUGAACGGACACUCGGAUGUCAUUAUGGGAGCUGCGAUCAUGAAUAACGAAGAACUUUAUGAGAGAUUAAAGUUUUUGCAGAACUCAACGGGCAUCGUUCCGUCGCCAUUUGACUGCUAUCAGGUCAACCGAUCGCUAAAAACGUUGGAUAUUCGCAUGGAAAAGCACAAAAAGAACUCGAUAAUUGUCGCGAAAUUCCUCGAAAGUCACGCGAUGGUCGAAAAAGUCUUGCAUCCGGGGUUAAAGUCGCAUCCGCAACACGAAACUGCCUUGAAACAAACUGGCGGGCAUAGUGGCGUCUUUUCGUUCUACUUGAAAGGCGGCUAUGAGGAUUCCUGUCUCUUUUUGAAGACACUUGAGGUAUUUACGCUCGCUGAAAGUCUCGGAGGAUUCGAAAGUUUAGCGGAAUUGCCGUCCGUUAUGACACACGCUUCGAUUCCAGCAGAGAUAAGGGCAGAAUUGGGCAUCACAGAUAACUUGAUAAGGCUCAGUGUGGGCUUGGAAGAUCCAGAGGACCUCAUUUUUGACUUGGAAAAGGCCUUUGCUGCUGUGGCGAAGCAACAGAAGAAAUAAUUAAACAACGAAUUUAUUUUUUUUUUGCCAUAUUUUAUUUUAUUCAGACAAUUUUUAUGUGUAUUUAUGUUUAAAAAAUUAUGUUUUUUUAUUUUUAAUGUGUAAUAGAGAAGCUUUGAGUCAAAUAAGAAAGACAAAUAAAAAGUUCCUUUUAAUAAAAAUUAAAA